CACUACAUAAGGCGUCUGUUCCCAGCAGUCUCCAGUAGUGUUCAGAGCACUCUGCGUGUGUGCAGCAGCCUCGGACACCAGCUCUUUCCAGGAAGAGCGCGCCGGUUUAGGCUCUUUUCCUUGACUCUGCAGUCUGGAAAACUGCUGCGUUGGAAUCCAAACAUGGCAGCAGCAUUCUAUGUUGCAUCUAGCUUGCUUUGUGAUUUUGCCCAUGCUUUGAAUCUUCUGAUGGACGACAAACCCCGGAUGAUGGCACAGUCGUUAACAAAACAAGUCACCCAUUUGUUCAGACGAUGCCAUCCUUCGAGCACACAACCAGCACCAGAAAGCCCACAAGCUCCCUCUGUUUCUGAAGAAGCAGAGAGAGAUGAAGAACAUGAGGAAGAGGACAGUGAGCUUCCACCUGUGCCACAGCUCCAAGAUGCAGAUGGAGAUCAAGAACAUGAGGAAGAGGCCAAUGAACUUCCACCUCUGCCGCAGCCUGAAGAUACAAAACCAGUAAGUCCCAGGUUUGGUCAGCACUGUAGGUGGUGUAAUUUAGAGCAGCAUGUCUUCAGUCAGACAGCACUUGGAUGA